AGUUCACGCAUUCUACUACUAUUUUUAAUAAUUCUGCCAGUUUUGGAGGCAAGGUUUUUGUUGCCAACGCAUGCCUGUGCUGAAUACAAUGAGUAACAAUAAUGGGUGGUGCAUCGGCUUUCACUAGCGCACCAAAACCAGACAUUCUUCCCAGCAUGACUGGAGCUCCAUCCGAACAAACUGCAGAAACCAUAUCCCACCGAAAGAUUGUCUUUGAAGACAUCAUCCACAAGUUUCUUCACAUCGGCUGCCUUAGUUGUUGUUGUAAGAGGCUUACAAAAUAAAACAUCUUCCUUUAUCAUGUCGUCUUUCACAGCGCACGAAUACAGCAAGCUGGCUUAGAUUGGAAACGUCUGUGGUCUCGUCGAGUUGAAGGCUGAAUUUUGCCGGGCUUGAAGUCAGAUCUGCAACUACUUGAGCCAAGAUGUCUUUGCUCAUGUCCUCUAUUCUGUCGCUGAUGGUGUCAUUUGAAAGAGGAAUUUGGGAUAACUUCAGGCUCUUUUCCCAGCACGAUAUUCGCCAUCUUCAACAACGCUGGUUUUAUGAGUGUUUCACCAAUGGUGUGUGGUUUGCCCUGCUUUGCGAUCAGUUAAGCAACUUCGUACACUGCCUUGAGGAUCGGUUUGUUGAUGGGUACAAAGCCGAGAACAGGCAGAGUAGCCUUUUCAUCGAAUCUGGCUCUCUUCACCUUGAAUUCAGCGAGCGUUGUGUUCUUGUAUUUUCCAUCUCCAUGCAGCUUAAGGAAGUGUUCUCUUAGUUUUGCCAGUGCUAGACUAGAAUUGCUCAACUUGGCAUUGCAAAUCAUGCAGUUAGGACGCUGACUCCCAUCACGUUCCGUUAUACAUGUGAAUCCAUAUUGUACAUUCAUCCGACCCCUUUCUUUUUUUGCUCGACAUAGUAAGUAUGAAGGGAUUAAAAUAUUAAGAAAGAAAUCACAAGACUUACCAUCACGACAGUCAAAACUCGACUACUGAGCGCACCAAAUUCCCUGCAGCACAGAUAGGCCAAGCGAUGUAGCGUGAUCACCUGCAGCCAAUGAUGAGACUGACUCACCAAACCCCUGGGGUUCGAUCGAACCCAGGUUAAGAACCACUGCACUAGACUGACGUUAUGUCCAAAAUGAUCCUAUUUACACUUUGUAGUCAGUGUAAAUACUGAUACCAAAGGCUGUUUUCUAAAUGAGAAGUUGGUUUUUAGGGGAAGUUGCUCUUCAACCCCCUAAAGUCGAUGCCCUUGCGGAAAUCUAAUUAGCAUAGUGAUAAAAAUCUGUCAGUUUAAGCUAGCAAUGUUUUUUUUUGUGCAUUGGAUACAUCUGUCCACUGCAUGCGCCUGUCGCACUUCCGCAGUGAAAGGUGACAGCUAGAGCGGUGUUUGUCAGACCAUGAGACAUCCCAAAAAUCAGUCUUCUCACAAUUGUCUGUAGCGUCCGAUUUGGCCUACUAAUUAUGACCCAUCUAUGGACCAAUGGGACUCUAAUGAACACAAUCUUCUUCUGCGUCUUGGGAAUUGUCUGAAGUAGGUACAGCCGAUCUGCCAACUUUCUGUAGCAUCUGAACAGUUUUGGCUACACACUAACAUGACCCCAUAUGUGGAAAGGUAUGUCAGUUGCUUUGCUCUAGGAUGCCCACAGGCUUCCCAAAACUUGUCUGAAGGUCCCCUGGUACCAGCUGCAAAAAUGUAUGAAGUACAGUGCAUUCGGAAAGUAUUCAGACCCCUUGACUUAAUCCAUAUUUUGUUACUAGUCUUAUUCUAAAAUUGAUUAAAUGAAUGUUCUUCAUCAAUUUACAUACAGUACCCCGUAAUGACAAAGCGAAAACAGGAUUUAAGAAAUUUUUGCAAAUGUGUAUAUAUAUAAAAAAAAACGUAUGUAAAUAAGUAUUCAGACCCUUUGCUAUGAGAUGUGAAAUUGAGCUCUGUUGCAUCCUGUUUCCAUUGAUCAUCCUUGAUGUUUCUACAACUUCAUUGGAGUCCACCUGUGGUAAAUUAAACUGAUUGGACAUGAUUUGGAAAGACUCACACCUGUCUAUUCAAGGUUGCACAGUUGACAGUGCAUGUCAGAGCAAAAACCAAGCCAUAAGGUUGAAGGAAUUGUCCGUAGAGCUCCGAGGCAGGAUUGUGUCGGGGCACAGAUCUGGGGAAGGGUAUCAAAAAAUGUCCGGAGCAUUGAAGGUCCCCAACAACACAGUGGCCUCCAUCAUUCUUAAAUGGAAGAAGUUUGGAACCACCAAGACUCUUCCUAGAGCUGGCUCCCCGGCCAAACCGAGCAAUCGGGGGAGACUCUGACAGAGCUGUAGAGUUCCUCUGUGGAGAUGGGAGAACCUUCCAGAAGGUCAACCAUCUCUGCAGCACUCCACCAGUCAUGCCUUUAUGGUCGAGUAGCCAGUCCUCAGUAAAAGGCACACAGCCCAUUUUGGAGUUUGCCAAAAUUACAUUAAGACUCUCAGACCAUGAGAAACCAGAUGAUCUAGUCUGAUGAAAACAAGAUUGAACACUGGUCUGAAGGCCAAGUGUCACAUCUGGAGGAAACCUGGCACAUCCUUACAGUGAAGAAUGUUGGGCAGCAUCAUGCUGUGGGGAAGUUGUUCAGCGGCAGGGACAGGAGACUAGUCAGGAUCGAGGGGAAAAAUGAACGGAGUAAAAUAUAGAGAAAACCUGAUCAAGACCUCAGACUAGGGCAAAGGUUCGCCUUCCAACAGACUGAAGCCACCCUAAGCACACAGCCAAGACAAAGCACACAGCCAAGACAAUGCAGGAGUGGCUUCAGGGCAAGUCUUUGAGUGGCCCAGCCAGAUCCUGGACUUGAACCCGAUCGAACAUCUCUGGAGAGGCCUGAAAAUGGCUGUGCAUCGAUACUUCCCGUCCAUCCUGACAAAGAUUGAGAGGAUCUGCGGAGAAGAAUGGGAGAAACUCUCCAAAUACAGGUGUGCCAAGCUUAUAGCAUCAUACCUAAGAAGACUUGAGGCUGUAAUCGCUGCCAAAGGUGCUUCAACAAAGUUCAGAGUAAAGGGUCUGAAUACUUAUGUAAAUGUGAUAUUUUUAAUACAUUGGCAAACAAUUCUUAACCUUUUUUUUUUUGCUUUAUCAUUAUUGUGUGUGUGUGUGUGUGUGUGUGUGUUGAGGAUUUUUAUAUAUAUUUUUAAUCCAUUUUAGAAUAAGACUGUAACGUAAUAAAAUGUCAAAAUGGGGUCUAAAUACUUUCCAGAUGCUGUGUGUGUAGCUUAGUAGAAGCAAAUGCUCACCACACAUCAGUUAAUAUGGUGGAGAGGUGAGGAGUGAUAUAUGCCAAUUAGUAAUGACUAAGAUUAUUAGGUGGCUAUUAUGGAAAUGCGACCAGGUUGGGAAUUUUGCCAGAACACCGAGGUUAACAACCCUACUCGUGCGACACGUGCCAUGAGAAUUUUAAUGACCACAGAGUUAGGGGACACGUUUAACAUCCCAUCCCAAAGAUGAAUGUGCAAUGUCCCCUUCACUACCCUGGGGCAUUGGGAUCUUCUCAGACUAGAGGGGAUAGUGCCCCCUACUGGUCCUCCAAAACCACUUCCAGCAGCAUCUGGUCGUCCAUCCAGGGUUUGACCCUGCCUACCUUCAGAGGCAGGCCAGCACUGGGAUGAAGGGUGGUAUGCUGCUGGCUAAGCAUACUGAAAGCAUUGGUAGAUAGCUCUUGUACAAGUUCUGAUUCUCUAGUUUGUGUUUUUCCACAGGCAUUCCUUUACGCUCCGGGAUGGUGGUGAGGAGGUGGACAGAACCCAGUCACAGCUGGUCAGAGUGGUGAGAGAUGGGCCAGGCAACAACAAAGAUGACAGCUAUGUCCUGUCCAGGGUUACACUUGGGGUGGGGGUAGGCGCUCAGAAGUCUGUUAGAUUGGAGGUAGGGAGAUGCGGAGGAAGCAAGGAAUGAGUAGAAGGGACAAAAGGGGGCAACGGGAGGGAUGCAAUGGAUGGAAUCCUUUUGUGAAGCUAGAGGAUGCCCUGGCCGCCAGGGAGAACCCAAUGAUCAAUGACAUCAGAAAAGAUGAGAGUGAUUUCAGUCCCAGACCUGAGGACAGUGUCAUUGGUGUCCCAGAGCAGCCUCCUGCUGAUCAGGAUGUCACCUGGUUGAAACCCUGGAGAAGCCACAGGGAGGCACCUGAUCAAGGUGAUUCUCCAAGUGCCUUGCAGAUUGCCAACAGAACCCCCCUGGCCAUGACGGUUAUAUCUCCUUCGCCUCCCACAACCGUCGACAUUGGUGACCUGAGUGAUGUCCUGAACUUCACACCUGAGCUACACUUUAUCCCAGCCCCCGUUGCCAUGGUGGAAGUCGACACCCCCCUUGAAUCUUUAUCCCCACCUGUCUAUUCAGAGGACACCCUAGAUGCCACCAUCGUGAGCAGCUUUGAACCUGUUGAUGUCCCCAUAAUGAGCAGCUUUAACCCUGUUGCUGUCCUUGAACCUGUGGAAGCCCCCAUCGUGGAUCUCCCCAUCAUGGAUGUCACCAUUGUGAACAGCCUUGAACCUCUGCAAGCCCCAAUCGUGGAUGCACCCAUGGUGAGCAGCCUUGAACCUGUUGAACAUGCGGAUGCCACUGUCAUUAAUGACCUUGAUAUCCUGAAUGCUCCAGUUGGCUUAGAGAACCUGGAUGCCCCAGUCAUCAACAGUCUUGACACACUGGUGCUGGACGCCCUCUUUGUAAACAGCCUUGAACCUGUGGACAUCCCUGUCAUCAAUGACCUUGGCACUCCAGAUCCCCCAAUCGUAAAUAUUAUUUACACCCUGGAGCUGGAUGCUCCCAUCAUAGAUGUCCCCAUCGUGGACAGCCUUGCACCUGUGGAAUUUCCCACCAUGAAUGACAUUGACCUCCUGGAGGCCCCUGCGGAGUUCAGCUCCAGCUUUAACCCUCAGCUUGAAGUAGAGGUUCAUGUGGAGGGUGAGGGCCAGAACCAGAGGCUUUCUCUCUAUGUCCGACCCCAGCAUACCUAUGAGAUCAUUGGGGAGCCCAAUCCUAAUGAACACUCUGUGGAAGUGGACCUGGCAACAGCAAGCUCUCAAACCAUAGCUGAACUGGUCAAUAAAUCCACCACACAUUCUGACAAUGACACAACCACAGUCACUGAGCCAGCGGACCUGGCAAGCCCCGGCUAUGAGACUAUAGCUGAACUGGUCCAGGAUUCGAAUGCAACCACACUGCCUGAUGAUGACCCUAUCACAACCACAGUCACAGAGCCAGGGGAUCUGAUAACCCCUGAGUAUAAAACCAUAGCUGAACUGGUCCAUAAAUUGAGCGCAACCACACUGCCUGACGAUGAGCCAAUAACAACCACAGUCACAGAGCCAGAAGGGCUUGACCUUACAAGCCCUCUCUCAUUGGUAGAGGAGGGUUUCUGUGACAGGGGGUGGAAUCCAAUGUACGCUAGAGUGAGAAGGAAGCUUAGUAAAAGUACCACCCCACCCCCUGUGCUUCCAUCGGAGGAUGAGGAACCGGAGGGAUUUUCACCUCCAUUACCAGAGAGAAGUGGAGAGAUGGAGGGAUGAUCAUCGUGAAUAUCUCAUAAGACUUAAUGUGUGUUACGUCAUCAAUUAUAUUUAUAUAGACUCAGCUGUGUCAUUUCUAGAUGUAACAUGUCUCAGAUGGUGGACUGGGUACAACCCUUAUCUUCAUAUCUUAAACGAUCUCAUGAGACUGGCAUCUCACUGUCCUAUCCUUCACACCAUUUCCAGUCCUUUCAUUAGCUUAGCAUUAAACUCUGUACAAUGCUAUGCUACAUAUUCCAUGAGGAAGGACCCUAAGCCCAGAGUAGAACUGGGUCACCUAACAUGUUCAAGAGUAGGCUUUAUGUUUGUAUUUACUAACACAUUACAGGGUGAAGUGGCAGUUACGCAGUAAUAAACCAUUGAGUUACUGGUUUCUUCGAGAUUCAUUCAAAAGGGUCCACUUAAGACUCUUUCCCUCUCUAGAAUUACAAACAUUAUACUUUAAUGACAAUAGUGGUGCAUUCUUAAUAAAUAAUUAAUGUAUAUCAACAAAGUAAAUGGACAACAUUAUGGGCGUGUCCGAAUACCCAUACUUAUAUGCAAAAAUGUGUUAUAUUAUGUAUCAUUUCGAAAAUGUAGUAUGAUUUAAGUGCAAGGAUGUCAUACUAAUUUUGGCUUUAAAUCCAUUAGAAUUUGCGUGUAGAGAAUGACAGGACUCCAGUGGCCCAAAACGGGUUUUAUCAUGGGCAUUGAGAACUUUCACCAUUUUGAAGUAGUUAACUGGGUGGGAUAUAUAUAUAUCAUAUAAUUCCAUCCAGGUCGAAGGAUGGAUCAGCCAAUGAAUUAUACUUGUGCGUAAACAUUCCAUAACUGUUGUGGCAGUAAAUCGCCAACCUUGGCUUUAUACCUGUUCAGACAACACACUCCAGAUGGCAGUUUGCAACCUUUCAGUUUGUUUAACAACUGUCCUAAAAUGUACUACUUUAAAAUGGAGAUGCCUCAAUGGUGCCAUAAUGGGACAGAUACAAUGUUGUGUCCUCUAACUAUCUCUAUGAAUUUGCUGCACACGAUUGAGGAAGAUAAUUGUCUUUUCACACAAGUAUUUGACAACAGCUGAUAAUCAGAAUAGGGGACACGCUCUACAAAAAUGUACAAAUAGCAGGGAACAAGUGCGUUUGAGCAUUCGAUGACACCUUUUCUUUAUGGCUGAGUGGUAUGUUGAUAUUUGUUGCUUACUGCAUACAUUUCUACUAAACAGUACAUUGUAAAUAGUAUGUUGUAAUAUUAGUACACAGUAUGUAGUUUUAGUAAAUAGUGGGCAAGUAGGCAUUUCCAUUUAUUUAUUCAAAGCUUUACAGGCGAGGGGUAGAACCAAUCAUUUAGAAUUUAUGUACAAUAUAAAACAAGUAUAAAUUCAGUGUUGUAAAAUGUAUAUUGUCAUUAUUAGAGCAUAUAGGCUGAGCAGAAUGAAAUACAAGAGGACAGAUGAAAUACACCAUUAUAAUACCACAUUGAAAUCUGUACCUCAUUCAUUACAACAAUUUAAACACAUAUCAGAAUUCCAAUUCAAAAUAUUGUGGAAGUGCUUCUGUGUGCAGAUGCAAUAAAUGUUUCUCACCACAGUGGGGAAGUACAACUCA